CUGAAGCUGAAAUUGAAACUGGAACUAAAACUGAAGCUGAAAUUGAAACUGGAACUAAAACUGAAACUGAAACUGGAACUUAAACUAAAACUGAAACUCAAACUUAAAAUUGUGCUGGCAACGGGUCAUCGGCGAAUUGGGGGGCCGAGUGGGAAAGAGAUGGGUAGAGAUGGGGCCUACGCAUGCGCAACAGCGCGCAUUAAAUAAUUUAUACAAAAAUGCACAGAAAAUUAACAAAUUUGGAAAACGAUGUUGCAUGAUAUAAUAAUCCGGCUGCCUGGGAUUCCGAGAUGCCAAUCCGCGAUCACAGCCACCGGCCCUUCCCAGCCCAAAAUUGCUGUUGCAAUACAAGCAAAUACACUGAGCGAAAAGUGUACGUAUAAUUGCAUGGUAAGAGGGUAAGAUGGAAAAGAAGGCGGAGUUAACAAGGCAAAUUUAGGAAGUAAAACAUCAAAAGCAUAUAUAAACAUAUCAUAUAUCAAUAUAUAUAAAAGUAAGAAUAUUUAUGAAUAAUGCAAUUUGUUUAAUUACAGUGAAGAACCAACACGAACUAUCAUAAUAAUAUAAUAAGAUUACAGGUUACAGCUUGCAAAAACAUUUUGAAGUUUGCAUUGAUUUGUUACCCCAGCUUGUUUUCAGUGUAAGCGGCGAACCGUUCAAAUCGAUAAUCGUAUGCAAAAAGCCGGUCAGUCGGUUGGUUGGUUGCGGUGACUUGACCUACGACGCACCUCCUCCAGCGAGCGAGGCGCAUCUGCUUAAGCUUUAACUGCUUAAAUAGUGUUAUCCGCUUGAAUUUGUUAUUGUUAUUGUUAUUGUUAUUGUUGUUAUGCUAGUGUUAUUGUUUUUGUUAUUGUUUUGUAUUUUGGUUAUUGUUGCUGUGGUUGUUGGUUGUUGUUUCUGCGUUUUCAUCGCUUGUCCGUCGGCGAUUUGUUGUUGUUGCAUAUGAUUUGGGCAGUUUGAGAAAUAGAUGAACACGAUUGCCGAAAACAGGGUGCUUUUUUAUAUGCUCUCUUAUUGAGUCAUAAAUACUGAACAUGUACAUAUGUUGGAAUACUGCCUUAUUUAUUACUAGAUACCCAUUUCAAUCAUAGUUAUUUCCUUUUUACUACUACUCUUUACUCUAAAAACUAGUUUCUAGUUUUCGAAAUGUUUAAAAAGUCUGUAGAAAAUGGUUUAUAAAUAGUUUCAAAUUUCAGUAGCUUAACAUUCAAUGAACGCAUUGUUUUAUUAAUAAUCUUGUGCUUGAGAUAAUAACAUUAUUUAUUCAGUAGCUUAGCAUCCAAUGAACGCAUUGUUUUAUUAAUAAUCUUUUGCCAAAGAUAAUAGCAUUAUUUAUUAUCUAUUUAAGCACCUUCACCAAGCACCCUGUAUCGAACCAUUGAGAUCUCAGAUGAGUUUCGAGAGCAACAUGGUUUUCGGUGGGCUUAGGCAGGUGGUGAUGACUCCACAUCGACGGCUCUCCGUCGCUGACGUCACGGGCCUUCGCCGCAUCUAACGGUUUUUGCGGUGUGGAUCUCCGGCGUAACUCUUGUAUAAAAACGUUGGAUCUACCGGAGAUCGUCAUCAUUCGCUAGCCGGGAACAGCUCGACGCACAGGUGUCGUCUCCGAUUCCACCUACAUUUCCAAAUUUGAAAACAGAGUUCGCUCAACGCUGAAAUGAAGGUCUUCAUCUGCCUGUUGGCCACCAUCUGCGCCUGCAAUGCCACCUUCCUGUCCCUCUUGGGCGGCGGCGGUGGCGGAGGAGGAGGAGGUAGCAAGACCACCUACAAUGUGAUAGCCACGCCCAGUUCGGGAGGCGGUGGAGGAGGCGGUGGUCACGGAUAUGCAUAUGCCCAGGGAGGCGGCGGAGGUCAUGGCUAUGCGCAGGCACAUGGCUAUGGCCAGGGCGGUGGACAUGGACACGGUGGCUCCUCGCAGAUCAUCAAGGUCAUACUGCAGGAGGGUCAGGGCUACAGUAACGCUGGAGGAUCAGCUGGCGGCAUUGUGUCCUCGGGCGGCCAUGGCUACAGUCAUGGCUACAGCCAAGGCUAUGCCAGUGGUCAGGGAUCCUAUGGCGGCCAGCAGGCCCAGAUCUACAAGAUCAUCGAACAGGCUCCGGCCCCGGCUCCAGUUCCAGUUCCAGUUCAAGUCGCAGCUCCUGCUCCCGUUCCCGUUCCCAUUCCGAUUUCGAUUCCUGCCCCUGCUCCGCCAGCUGCUCCCAUUGCCUAUCAUGCGGCCAGCGGCUCCAGUGGCUACUCCUAUGGCCAGGGCCAUUCGCACUCCUAUGGGCAAUCGUAUGCCUCGGGACAUGGUUAUGGUGGUGCCGCCUCCUUCGAUGCCCAGCAGUUCAAUGCCAUUCUGCCGCAGAUCAUCCAGUUGGUGCUGCAGGAGGAUACCUUUGGCGGCGGCGGCGGCGGUGGCGGUGGAUCCGCUGAUGUGGCUGCCAUCAAUGGCCAGCUGAUCAACACCUUCGGUUCCAAGGGCAAGGCCAUCAUUCUGAAGGCCGACCAGGCGCAGGGAGCCUUCUUCAAGAGCGGACAUGUGGUGCAGCGUGGAACCCUGAAGGUGAUGCGCGUCCAGGAGCAGCAGCAAUCCCAGGGCGCUGGCGGCUCCAAGGGGCAAGGCUGGAGCUCCGGUGGUGGUGCCAUCUCCGGUGGCUGGAGCGCCGGAGGCGGUGGCUCAUCCGGCGGCUGGAGUGCCGGAGGUGGUGCCCCGUCCGGUGGCUGGAGCAGCGGUGGUCCACCUUCGGCCUGGUAGAUGCACUGCAGCCCCAGCUCGCCUAGUUAGUUAGACCAAAUGAAUUGUUUUUUUUUUUUCACUAUCUUCUAUUCUAUCGUUAUGUAUUUUUUUUCCUAGGCUAAUCCUUCACAGUCAUUAUCAAAAAAAAAAAAAGCGAUAAGCCAACAUCCAUCAUUAUUAACUUAAAUUAUUUGUUAAUAAACAAUUUGAACCAA